UGAGUCACGGUGGGCGGGGCCUGUGCGUCGGGCGUUCUCGAACAAACGGCGGAAGCGGCGGAGUGUCACCGGGCAGCGUUCGCGCAUUAAACGUCUAAAACACAACGAGAACCAUGAAGAUCUGGACGUCGGAGCACGUUUUCAACCAUCCGUGGGAAACCGUGACCAAAGCUGCCAUGCAGAAGUACCCAAACCCCAUGAACACCAGCGUGUUUGGCGUGGACGUGUUGGACCGUAACGUGGACCAGCGGGGACGACUGCACAGCAAACGGCUUCUCAGCACCGAAUGGGGCCUGCCGUCCAUCGUUAGAUCGAUCAUUGGCAACGCGCGGACAUGUACGUACAUCCAGGAGCACUCCGUAGUCGAUCCCAAAGAGAAAACCUUUGAGCUUCAGUCCACUAAUAUCACCUUCACUAACAUGGUGUCUGUGGACGAGCGGCUCGUUUACCGACCGCACCCAGAGGACCCGGAGAAGACCAUGCUCACGCAGGAGGCCAUCAUCUCUGUGAAAGGCGUCAGUCUCAGCAGCUAUCUGGAGGGACUCAUGGCCUCCAGCAUCUCCAGCAAUGCAGGAAAGGGUCGUGAGGCGAUGGAGUGGGUGAUCAGACGUCUGAACACAGAGAUCGAGGAGCUCGCCAUCACAGCCAGAGGAACCCUGAGGACACCUAUGGCCGCCGCCGCCGUCACCGAGAAAUGACCGCCUUCCUCUCUGUCGCCGCUCUUCUCCACGCGUCUUUCUCCAGUGGUGGAAGUUCGUUCUCGGCGUCCUGUGCACUCAAGCGUCUACAUUAGAGGCUGACGGGGACACGGCCUGAGCUUUAACAUCGACC